CGAUGAAGACCGGGAGGACCCGCGGACCGACCGCCGGCCGCUGAUUUGGUGCAAUGCGAACACUUCAGCGACACGCGCAACUCCUCCUCCACUUUCGACGCUCUCUUCCUGCUUCCUCCUCCUCGGCGGCGGCGGCGAGAGGGAGAGGCACAAUCGGAGCCAGGGCGUCACCGAGCGUCCUUCCACCUCCCCCGUAUCACCACCAGCGGCCUGGGGAGGCGACACGAGAGGAGGAGAGGGAGGAGGACGGGGAGGAGGAGGGACACCGCGUUUCCUCCGUCACGCGGCGGAUUAGCCGGCUAAGAAGCUCGGCAACAUUCAUCCCUUUGAAGCGCGCGGAGCUCCAGACGCCGCUUUGGACCCGGCUCGGCCUCAGCUCACCCCCUCCGUCGUCUUCUGCUCGGACACAUGGCGAAAGAGAACGGCGAGUCCGGCGACGGGUCGUGGAAGAAACACGUCGACGACAUCAAGAGUGCGUUCGACUUUAAAGAAGUCCUCGGAACCGGCGCGUUCUCCGAGGUGGUGAUGGCGCGGGAGAAGGCGACGGGAAAGAUGGUGGCCAUCAAGUGCAUCCCCAAAAAAGCGCUCAAAGGCAAGGAGAUGAGUCUGGAGAACGAAAUCGCCGUGCUGAGGAGGUAGGACGACGUGCGCCCGCGCCGCAUCUCGCCGACGGAAUCGCGCUUGCUUUUCAAUCGUGGACCGUUUUGCUCACGAUUGCUGGUGUCGGGCGGCGAGCUGUUCGACCGCAUCGUGGAGAAGGGCUUCUACACCGAGAUGGACGCCAGUCGGCUCAUCCGCCAAGUGUUGGAUGCCGUCAACUACCUGCACUCCAUGGGCAUCGUGCACAGGGACCUCAAGCCGGAGAACCUUCUCUACUUCAGCCCGCACGACGAGUCAAAGAUCAUGAUCAGCGACUUCGGCUUGUCCAAGAUGGAGGGGGCCGGCGACGUGAUGGCCACCGCCUGCGGAACGCCGGGAUACGUGGCACCCGAAGUGUUGGCGCAGAAGCCCUACAGCAAAGCCGUGGACUGCUGGUCGAUCGGGGUCAUCGCUUAUAUUCUGCUCUGCGGCUACCCGCCUUUCUACGACGAAAACGACUCCAAGCUCUUCGAGCAGAUCCUCAAGGCCGACUACGAGUUUGACGCGCCGUACUGGGACGACAUAUCGGACUCCGCCAAAGACUUCAUCAGCAGCCUCAUGGAGAAGGAUCCCGAGAAGAGGUUCACGUGCGACCGGGCUCUGGAGCAUCCCUGGAUCGCAGGAGGCACGGCCCUCUGCAAGAACAUUCACGAGUCCGUCAGCCGGCAGAUGCGCAAAAACUUUGCAAAGAGCAAAUGGAGGCAAGCGUUUAACGCCACGGCGGUGAUCCGCCACAUGCGGCGCCUGCAGCUGGGCACCAGCUUCGGCAGCAGCAUCCACGCCGCCUCCAACCCGGCUGCCAGGGCACCGGCCAAGAGCCAGUCGGUGGACUGCGCCCCGCUCGCCGGCCGCGACUGUCCUCCGAUGGCCCCCCUGCCCUCCUCCGUCAGAGCGUCCGACCGGGACUCGGAGGCGUCGUCCCCUUUGCGCGAGGAGCCGCCGUCGGUGGCCGAGCCGGUCGUGCCGCGCCCCUCCACCGUCACGGUCAUCCGCACGGGGACCAAAUGACGCCAGGUCCCACGGGAGGUGAGCUGGGAGACGACAGAGCUUUAAGACUAGGAAGGGUGGGAUGGGGGGGCGUUUCCCCUCUUGACCCUCGUGAUUCCGAGCGCUCGCCCAGCUCGCCCGUCCCGCCGCCUCCUGUGCAAAUUUCGGGGAGGAAUUGAAGGAGCUCAGCCCGGGAUCGAGUCCACUCGGCGUUGCUCUCCCGAAGGCUGUCAAGAAGCGCCACGCGGAAGGGAAGGGAUUUUUUUGAUUUAUUGAUUUUUCUUCCCUCAUCCGAGCUGCCGUCGGCGUGCUCCAAUCAGCUGCUCCCACGUACGCCUCGUGUAAAUAUUCCGCCGCCUGGAGCCAAAAUGG